UUUAAACAGUGUGUGCCUCGGGAACAACUCAACCUUAAAAAACAAAAAAACAAAGUGAAUCAGGAGGUAACCUAAACCUUAAAUAAAUAAAUCAUUUGCUAAGUAACUUAGAGAGAAGAUAGGCUUAUUACUGACGAAAGGUUCAAAAGCAAAGGAUUAAAAAAAAAGAAAAAAAAAUCUGAUUCUUCCUAUGAAGUGAAUAUGUUUUCAAUGACUGAAAUUUGCUGGGAAGUCUGGUCAGGUACAAUCAUUUUACUGGUGUUUAUUCUUAAAACAUGUGGAUGGAUUAACAGACACGAGGAUAGCAACAAUGGAAAUGAAGAGGGUGAUGGUUGUGGGGAUGUUUUUGAAAGCUCUUUGAAAUCCAACCCCGGAGGUUACCAAUUGAUUUGUAAACCAUCAACUCUUGCCAACUGGCUACUGAGGGAUAUAAAACAUUUGUCACAAAUGGAAUCUUCUUACUAUUGGAUGAUGACAUGGCCACAUCUCCAGACAAUCAUUCAGCAUGUUCUACCAGCUGACAGGACAUUGGAGUUGGCAAGGGACUUCCUCCAGAUGACAGAUGGUGGAAUAGUAGCCUUGGAUUGGGUGGUGGGACCUAGGCCAGCUGCGAAACCUAGGAGAGGCACAAAUGCAAUAAGUAACCCACCUUUACUACUGGUUAUUCCCAAUACCUUUGGGAGGCUGACCAGAAACAUCCAGCAACUUUGUUUACUGGCUUUAGAAAAAGGAUAUUACCCAAUCAUUUUUAACAGGAGGGGACAAAACAAUUGCCCACUAACUACUCUAAAAUUUCAGCCAUUUGGGGAAACUGCAGACUUAAAGGAGGCUGUCAGUUAUGUGCGUUACAGGCAUCCAUCUUCCAUGCUCUUUGCCGUGAGUGAGGGCCUGGGAUCGGGACUACUCCUCUCUUAUCUAGGAGAGUGUGGAUCUUCUAGCUAUCUCACAGCUGCAUGCAGUAUAUCUCCAGUUUUCCGUUUUCAGGAGUGGUUUGAUAAUGGUCUGCCGUGGUUAUAUGAAUGGAUUGUGCUCCUGUAUCAAAAAGUGAUUCUCAGCAGGUAAGUGUAAAAGGAUAUCAAGCCUGUUUUAGUGUUAACACUGAAAAUUUUCAUGUUAAGAUCAUUUUCAGAAACUUCCUAUCUCAUAAAAGUGGUUAUAGUGUCUGGAAUAGCCUGGCGCAAUCCUUCUGUUCAGUAUUAGUUUUUAAUUGUUUAAUGCCAAACUAAAGUCCCUGCUAUUUGGGCUAAUAAGGAUGCAUUUGCCUGAGAAGCAAUGGGUGGCAGUGAUUGGCUGAGUGUGUCAAGUUGGCCAGGCCACCAAGGACCGACCAUGCAGGGUGCACUGUUUCAGUGCUCUUUGCAGAGUCCUAAUGUCCUCAAUAUAGCAAGCACAUGUAUAUGCUUGUUGGGGACAGCCUUCUGGUGUCCCCAAAAAGUGGGGCACCGGGGAACAAAGUUAGAAUGGAAAUACAGGAUUCAAAAAUUGGACUAUUCCAAUGGAACCGAGACACUUGAGAAGCAUGCUAUUGGUAAACAGAGCAUUGUUUUUUUGGGGGGUUUUGUGCUGACCUAGACGUGACUAAACUUGGGCACCCUUUACUCAAAAUUUGCCUAACCUCUUCCUGUCAAGGAUGCACAUCUUUUUGUUUACCAGCCAUCCUUCCUCUGAACAUUCCACAUUUUCCUCUUAGAGCUCCACAACUUCCUCUGUACAUUAAAAGUGGAUAAUUAGUGCCUAUAUUUUGUAGUUAUGUUAAUAUUUUAAAUGUUGUAUCUAUUAUUUUAAGUGAUAAUCUUUAAAUAACAUAAUGAAAAGUGUAAAUUCAACAAAUUUUUACAAAGAUCAGUCAUUAAUGUGAACUAUACAAUAUGGGUCACAGACACUCAAAUUGGUUGAAUUUGCACAUGGUCAGUCCACUGGUGGACAUUCAUACAUCAUUAGCGUCAAUCAUACAAGACAGUGCCACUGUACAUAUCAACACAUCCAUUCUUUUAUACUACUUCAACCUUAGCACACACCAUUCACUCCAUUCUUACAUCAAUUGAUCCAUCACCAAACUGGCAUGGUGAGGUUUUUUAAUACUAUAUCGAGAAAGACUCAGUCGAAACGCGUUGUGCUUGGAUGCAGUAGUUCAGUUUUUUUACAUUUUCUUGUUUGGCUUUUUAUUUGAUAAAACGUUUUUGGGCUAUCGAUGCGGUCACGUUUUCUACCUGAUUCCAGGUUCUUUGGACCAGAUCACUUGUGGGGAUGAUUGGCCAUUUAAACUACAUGCUUCUAAAACUGGAACCUGCUAUAUUAGGCUCUGGUUCAUGUGAGUGGUUCUGUGAAAAGCUUUAUUUAUUGUGUAUAUAUAACCUACAGUAUUGCACCUUGUUUUGUGAUACAUUUAUUGUUCAGACUCAAGCUUUCCAGAUAUGAUGUCUAACCAACCUCUAUUCUGAACAAAUUUAUAAUAAGUCUUAUUCUUGUUUGUAUAUGUUGGUUUUAUUGCUCUUCCUAUUUGUAUUUCUCUUUAUUUAAUAACUUGGAUAGCUUUAAUUAAAUAUCUAAAUCGUUUAAACGGAAUUGCAGCUUGUUGUAUCUGAGAGGAUGCCAUCCUGUGUGGGUUUUAUAUACAACGCCACGUGCUUUGUUUUUGAUGGAUUAUAACUGAGCAGAAAGAAUAAAAUAGUUCACAAACUGAGACAACACUUCUGGAGUUACAGCAGUCGCAUUCGGUUCCCAGCUAAGCUAACUGGGCAAUCAUCGUCCACAAAAAAAGGCUUGGGCAAGUCCUAUUGGUUGACUGUGUUGCGGCCUUGUUGGAGGGGCAUUUGAGCGGGCAUUUGGGGGUGGGUGGGGGAUUGCCACACCCAUGGAAAGUGCCACACAAGGCAAAUGCUCUGUUAGCUUCGUGAUAAGUGCUAAGACAGGCAUUGGGGGGGGUGGUGGGGAGACAUAGUUUGACACACUCUGAAUUUUCACAAAUUAUGUCUGAAUGGCAAAACUAAGACAAAAGAUUAUCACCAUACCAGUGUUAGAGAUUUUUUUUCAUAUCAGCUUUUUUAAAUCUGUUUUUCCCUUUAGAUAUAAUCCUUGAAAAUUCAGAAUUUAGUGGAUAACCCUAUUAAUGCCCAGGGCUCUAUGCAAGUGCCCUAAUCUGAAAUGGUUUUGUGUGCCAAGCCAAGUGAUCAUGACAAAAAAGUUGAUUGGGCUACUGCUUUAGUGUCUUGGACAAGUAGAUUUCUUUUUCUUUUUACACACCUCUGUCAUAAUGUAUUGCGUUUCAACAGUGAGUAUAGUGAGUGCAACUGUGUAAAUGCAUGCAUGUUAGAAGCGGUUAGGGUAAAGGGGUGAAGUGGAAUGUUAAGAUUAGAGAGGGAUUAACUUCUGAAGUAGUUUACACAGGGAGUUUAAUGUUAGUGGAUUCUAGGAGACCCUCCACUGCCCAAAUAAAAAAAAAACUACAAAAGUUCCUAUUUAGUAGAGUUCGUAUUUAGUAGAGAUAAUCCCAUAUGCAUACAUUUAAUUAUUAAUUUUUUCAUUGGAGUUAUAUUUAAAGACAGCUUGCAAGAGCUGCAGUUCUCUUGUAUUCAACCUUUGCAAGUCCUAAAAUAAAAAUGUUAGUCGUAUGCUCAAGUGAUUGAUAUUGAUAUAGUGGUAAAUAUUAAAAAUAUAUGCUCCCAUCACAACCUGCGCCCUACCAAUGUGCAGCAAUUGAAGAAUAAAAAAACCCAACAAAUAACAGGUCAUAUAUUUGAACUCGAUAACCAUCAAUUAACAAAAAGAAAGCAGAUGUUGUACCAUUUCUUAUUCUUUUUAUUAUUUAGAAUAUUGAUUUAGUAUAAUUAUUCACUGCUGCACCAAAGUAGUAUUCUAUGAUAUAGCCAUAAAUACAUUAGCACGCACAUAAAAAUAGAUAAUUUACUUUACUUCACCAUGUUUCAUAAGGACAUAUGAACAGAAUGUCUUACCUAACUUCUCCAUAUGAGAUCAUGGAAGAAAACCUUUUUGUCUCCUUACAACUUUGCUAUGAGAAUAACGCAAGAGAUGCUAUAGAUUUAAUGCAUUUCAGGUCCUUCUUAAUGUGACACUUCAAGCACUAGAAAUUUGGAAGUGUAUUGUAAAAACCUAUAUUGCUUGGAUAAUAUCUGUAAAAAAAACCCCACAGAUUCCUUGCUCCUUAACAAUUACAAUCACUUGCAUUGGUUAUGGCGCUUGGAACAUGGCUAUCAAAGCUUGUUUAUUUGAUUUUAUCUUACUGCAGUUAAGGAACUCACAAUUUUAUCCAGGGCACAGACUUUACCUAAAAAAACAAUGCUAUGCUUUUGGACUCCAGUCAUUACUUUUCUCCAAUCAUGUAUAAAACACCACUUGCCAAGAUCACUCGUGACACGGCUCACAGGAAACGUGUAAAUUGAUGAUAAACCUGGUCUCAUAAUUGUUUUGUUUGUAUAAUCUCCAUUAUCAAUCAUUUGUUCUGUUUGCAGUGCCGUUAAAUAUGUUCAUUUAGUGUGCCAUCUAGUGGUGAUGUUUAUAGACUGCAGUAGGUAGUUUUCUUGUAGACAUUUGCAAUUCAUUUUGUUCUGAAUGUACAUUCAGAUUAGUUUCGUGCACUUCAGACAUUCGGAAUGCUUACAAAAGUCCAAAGUUCGAAUUGCAGAACCGAAUUACCAAAGUUCCAAAUUGCAGAACUGAAUGCCAUUGGUCCGAAUUGCCGAAGCAGACAAAAUUUUUUACUUACCUGAAUUUCCGAACCAAACCGAACCAAAUUUUUUGCCCAUGCACACCCCUAUUUUCUUGUUUUUUUGGUGAACCACUUGCACACUCUUAAAAGAGCACUCUGAGCCCCAUAACCAGGAGCUUCUGUGUCAAACCACUUCCGCAUUAGCAAUAUCCAUCUGUCUGGAUUGGAUUCAUUGGUGGAGAGCAUCAGCUGGAAUGCUCAGCUAAUGAAUGACAUCCAAACGUGGACAAAAGUGAUAUUGGUAAUGCACCAUAACCACUACAUCAGUACUUAGCAUUCUUUAAUAAUUCACAUUCAAUUAUUACUGGCUCUUUUUUGUUCACUGUUAAAGGGACAAUAUAGCUACUAUAACAACUACAUUAAAAUAAAGUUGUUAUGUUGAGAGGAGGUCCCAAGUGCUGGCUUACUUUCACCCGUUAAACCAUUAAUGAAUGAUUUAACCCCAAAGUCUUCAGUCCAGUGCCAAACAGCUCUGUUCCUCCACCUCCAUUUGAGACUGAGACUUCAUUCAGGAAGUUUGGACUGGACACAGGUGAUAGACUAAAAGCACCAGCGGACACUAUCAGUAGCUGCCAUUCACAAAACAGAGAGAAAAGGUUAUGUAUCAGGAAGCCUCAUACUCAAACAGAAAUGGAGUGGCAGAGCUGACGGACACUGGACUGAAGACUUUGGGGUUAACAGUUUAACCAAUUAAGGUAGGCCAGAGCCUAAGAUCUUAUCUACAUUCUGAUCAAAGUGUUGUGGUGCCCAGAGUAUCCCUUUUAUGUUUCAUUGCACUUGUGUUGCUGAUAUUAGGUUACUUGGGAAGUGUCUGACUGCUGGCUGAGCACUGUUAUUUGAUUUUGCCACCACUGCCUUAUGUCACGGAGUAGUAAGAUAGAGCACAUUAUAGUUAGAGAACUUUGAUCAAAUCACUGCUGCACUAAUGAAUAGGACAAAAGAACUCGGAGCACCUCCUCCAUUGAUGUAAAAGUUUUUGUUACAUAGUUACAUAGGCUGAAAAGAGACAUGUGCAGAUAACUUUACAAUAUCAACACAAAGAAUAACAUGUGUAAGUAAGCACUCACAAAAUGAGAGCCAAUAUAGAACCUCGCUCUGGUAUUGAUGGCCUCAGGAUCUAUUCCAGGGUGAUUCAAAUCCCUCUGUGAGUGGUUGGUGUAUCCAAUGGAAGCUUAUUCCCAAUAAUAAAUUGCAGAAGAUCCAGUGGAUAGAAAGGUAAAAAACUAUAUUUAUUAGAUACUGAUAACAUAAAGUAUAUAUAUAUAUAUAUAUAUAUAUAUAUAUAUAUAUAUAUAUAUAUAUAUAUAUAUAAAAAACAAAUAAAUAAAAUAAAUUGUAUUAGUAUUGCCAAUAUGCGUUUUGCCUCAUGUGGCUUCCUCAGUUGGCUGUGUAAUUGCUAAAAAGUCCAUGUCCAUUUUUAAAUGCUUAGUUGUUGAAAUUUGCGUUUUUUUUCCUCUGGAACGCAUCGUGUGUUCCAUUACUCCGUCGGCGUUUGUUUCCUGGUUCCGGUCCCAUGGGAUUUCAGUUAUCUGCACUAUUUUGUAUACCUCUCUGCCUCCACAGCAUCAUUGAACAAAUUGAGAAGAGAGGAAAUAGGAUUUAUGCUCCAUCCAUUGUGUUUGUACUGUAUGUAUUUCUUUGUGUUGGUAUAGGGGAUACCACACGGGUGUUUUGAGCAUUAUUGUCACUACUAGCUAUACCACUGAUAUUUGUUUUGAAAAGAGACAUGUGUCCAUCAAGUUCAUCCUUUCUCACAUCUGUUUUUUGCUGUUAAUCCAAAAGAAGGCAAAAAAAAAAAAGCACUUCCAAUUUUGCAACAAAUUAAUAAAAAAAGAAUUCCUUCUUGACCCCAAAAUAGCAGUCAGAUUUAUCCUUGGAUCAAGAAGCAUUUACCCGACAUUGAAAAAUUAUAUCCUUGAAUAUUCUGUUUUUUGCAAGUAUGCAUUUAGUUGCUGUUUAAAUAUAUGUACGGACUCUGAUAAAACCACUACUUCAGGCAGAGAAUUUCACAUCCUUAUUGUUCUUACGGUAAAAAUAUUUUCCUUUCCCUUAGACUAAAUCUUUCUUACAGUCUAAAUCUUCCAUUCCUUUUAUUAAUUUUGUAGCCUGCCUCUGCACUCUCUCUAGUGCCAUAAUAUCCUUAUUUAAACUGAGCUCGAAAUUUCCACUCGCCCCCUCUCAAAAGGCAAGUGAAAAUUGAGCCAGUGUGAGCAACUGCAUGGUAAAAAUCCAUGGCUGCACAAUGCUUGAAACUGACAGGUAUAAGGAUGCCUUCAGGUUCAGCUCCUGACCGCUGCCUCACACCACUGGAUAACAGGAAUAAGGUCCCACCUCUACAGUAAGCACAGCUUGGAAGACUAGCACAAUGGGAGAGCAGUUAUUGCAAAAGACAAGGAAAGGAGGGGGCGUGCCAGAAAGAGGAAUGAAGGGGCAUGGAUGAGUACAUAUAGGGGGUACAUGGAAAGGGGAGUGAAUAGGCAGAUUAAGGGGCAUGUUGUAUAUAGUGAGCAUGGAUGAGUAGAAGGGGACAUUAAAGAGGGAAGCAAAGGGUUUUGUUGACAUGGGAAGGGGGUCACAAUCUCACUCUGUAUUUGCACACUUACCACACAAACAUACCCCUGCUUUCACACAUACUCUACACAAACAUAAGCCAGCGCUUGCACACAAAUGUACCCAUGCAUUCAAACACUCCACACAAAUAUAACCCUACGUGCACACACAGACAUUCCACACAAACAUGCCCCUGCAUUCACACACAGACAGUAUAAACAAAUAGAACUCAACACACUUACACUUUUAAGCCAUGAAUAUGAAAUGUAUGAAACCCAAAAUGAUGUUCAUGUGCGUUUUUAAGGUGGUGAGUGGAAUUUUGAUCCCUGCUUUAAAUCUUCAAUCAUUUUUGUACAAUACUCUAUUUUAUUCAUUGCAGAUACUCUACGGCUAUUGCAGAAGUUUUGCCAGCUGAGAAGAUUUUUGCUAGCAGCUCACUGCGAGAACUUCACAAGACACUGUUUUGCCAAAGCAAGAGUGAGACAACCAGCUGGGAUUACUACUGGGAGUGUAACGACCCUCUGAGUGAUGUGGAUGAAGUUGCCAUCCCUAUUUUGUGCAUUUGUAGCAAAGAUGAUCCUAUACGUGGGCGUCCGGAGAGCACACUUCCUAUUGAGCUUUUUCGGACAAACCCUUACUUUUUUCUACUGCUGACAAAGUAUGGUGGACACUGUGGUUUUCUGAAUGGGGCACCUGUAGCAUGGAGUCAUGAAGUUACUUUAGAGUACUUCAGAUCUGUUACAGAAUUUUUUCGAACAGAAGAAAAAACAAGGGGACUCACAAGGAACCGGGGCACCAAUAUGUUAAACAGGCGUAGGAGACCAACACUACAAAAACGCGAAACAUCAUACACAGGCCUUGAAGAGAUAUUUAGCUGGAAAAGAUCAUACACUAGAUAAUGAGCAAUGUCUAGCAGUAACUGGAAUUAUCCGUUGUAUCAUUAACAAGGAAACGUAGAUUUAUAGAAAGGGCACUGUUGAAAUCCAAAUUUCAGCACCUGGCCGUGGUCAGAAUUCAUUGCUCCAAGAGAGGCACUCAGUGAUUAAAGGUGCAAAGUGCGUUUAUUCAGUCAUCAAAAAAAAGACAGGCAAUGUUUGGAUACAGCGUGUGUCUUUAUCAAACAUACCAAACAUGCCAUAGUAAAGUGCAUUAUAAAGAGCUAAUUAACAGUAAACAGUUUAAUGAGCAAACCAAUCACACAAAGGUGCAAUUUAACAAUUAUAGUGAGAAUUAUUUUUAAAAAAAGUUAACCAUCUCAUUGCUGCUUCUAAAAAAAAAGUGUCAAACAUAAAAAAGUGUGUUCUAUUACUUCUUAAAAGAACAUCGUCCUCAUUAAUGACAUAUAGGUUGAAGAAGGUGUAAAAUAUAAAUAAUUAUAAUAUAUAUAAUAAAUCUGUUCAAACUAUUUUCACAAUUUAUCACGGUGUUGAUAAAAAAAAUUUGAGCACUAGAAAAAAUUAUUUCUUAUGCUAAAAAUACUUUUUUGUUCCCCACUAUAAUUGUUAUUGUAUAUUGCACCUAACUGUGCAUCUUUAUCAAGCCAUAAUGUGUAGAAACAUUGCCUGUCCUUUUUUAUAUAGCUUGCACCAUUUAUCAGCUGGAGUCUUAUAUUUUAUUAUUGUAUCAUAUACCAAACUACAUUUCAGUCUGGUCAAUCAAUAUUCAUUCAGUAGAGGACUUCAUGGGAUGGAGGGGGGAUGUCACAUUUUGUUUAGCUGGAUAAUAUGUUAAUAUUUGAGAAGUAGUUGAUAAAUCUGUCUAAGGAUUACCCUUCUACAUAUGAUGCAUUCUACUUUUCUUUAAUGCAUUAAGAAUUAAAGAAAAGCUCCAAGCACCACAAACCACUACAGCGCACCAUGGCAUCCCUGUAAUUAUAAACACUAGAGCAAGCUGCAGUGAUUAAGGCUGUUAGUGUUCCUUUAGGGACCAAUUUUUUUUUUUUUUUAAACUGCACUCUAUUGUGUAUAGAAAUAGACUUCUCUAAUAAAUCAGUUGUUAGUGAUAAAUCAAUCUAAUGUAGUGUUAGAGGGACAGUAUAAGCACCAAAAUGACUUAUGGAUAGAAUUGAGUGGUUUUGGUGUAUAUAUCAAGCCCCUGCAGUCUAACUCCUCAACCUUUUGCCAUUUAGAAUUCAAAGCACCUUGUACUUACAGCCCUAACCACACCUCCCCAGGCAGUGACCCACGCAUUUUUACACAUUUCCUGUAAAGAUCUAAUGUUUAAACUUUAUUGUACACCUUGUUUAAAUUCAAAUUUCUUAUCUCCUGUUAAUAGCCUAGAACAGGCAUAGGCAACCUUCGGCAUUCCAGAUGUUUUGUACUACACUCCCCAUUAUGCUUUGCCAGCAUUAUGGCGGAUGUAGUCCACAACAUCUGCAGUGCCGACUGUUGCCUAUCCCUGGCCAAGUAGAAGCUACAGGAGCCUCAUGUCAUGUGAGUUAAUAAAGUUCAAUUAACAGAGCAGGAGAUACAAACUUCUAAAGUAAACACAAUGUGCGGAUUGAAAAUGGAGGGAGGGUGGGGGACAUUUUAUGCUGGCUGUUUGAGUCACAGCAAAGGAAGGUGUGACUAGUGCUUCAUAAACCAAAACCAAGUGAUUUAACUCCUAAAUGGCAGUAAAUUGAGCAGUGUGACUGCAUGAGCAUGAUCUAUACACCCAAACUGAUUCAUUAAGCUAAAGUUGUUGUGCUGACUAUAGUAUCCCUUUAAAGGAAACAGGAAAUUGACCGUUAGUAUAUUCACUAAAGUUUAACAGAAAAUAAACCCCAAACUUUUUUUUUUUAGUAUAACAUGUGAAUAAUAGAUGCCAAAGUCAAUCACCAAAGGUCAUCUAUGUUUUUUUUUCUGUUUUGCAUUAAAAGGACACACCAGUAUAGAAUUUACAAAUCUUGUUUUAGUUUUCUAGUUUUUUUUUUUUUUAAUUUUAGGUGUUUAAUCUGCUGGAAAUAUCAAGAUUUGAAAAUCUGUCUAAUGACAUCCUGGUUAAUCAGAAUAGUCUCAUUUCUACAUUCUUUGCUAUGAUACCAUGUGUACAAGUAUAGUGCUUUCCCCCAAUGCUAAAUGUGACCUUUAACUAUAUAACCACACAUUGCCCUCAACAUUAUGCUGCCUGGUCUGGCAGAGAGCUGUGAACAGCAAGCAUUGAAUGGAGGUGGCGGGGACUGGAAGGUAUAUCCCAGCAUCUGAGCAGAGGAAAAUGAAAACCCUCUGCUGUCAUCGUCGUUGAAAUGGAAAAAUCAAUCAAGGUAUUGAUUAUUUCUUUGUGUAUCUGCCCCUGGCCAAAUCAAUGAAACAAUGCGUGCACGCUCCCUGAAGUAAUUCACACCAGACACAGGUUCUAGGUUGUUGAAUAACUUGAGGAAAGAUUAUUCAGAGGGGACGGCAGGUCCCUUUUAAAGCAAAGUUACAUCAUAAGCAUUGUCAGAGAUAACAUGGAAUAAUACAUCAAUUAUUGGUUAGGUGUUAAGUGGUCAUUCUAAUGCUCUGCCUACUGGGGGUGAUGUCACCAGGGCCAUGAGGGUCUCCCACGGUUUCCCAGCGCCAUCUUGCUGCACGAGGUAGUUAGUCGGUGUUAAAAGGGGGGGGGAAGGAGGGGUUAGAAGCUUAUUGGGGCCCCCACCCACCGCGCAGGGGUGGGGGCCAGGGGGGGAGGACAGUAGGGCCCCCACCCACCGCGAAAUAAUUCUUUAUUUUAUUUGUGCUCAGAGUAACAUCAAGCAUUCAGAGCCACAACAGCCACUGCAGUUGUAGUCAAAGAAUUUCAGGUUGCAGCAGAUUAGACAGCUCAUCUGUCUUCACAAGCAUCGAACUCUUCACUCCGUGGGUAACCCGCAGUAGCUAGCCCACCACAUCUCCGCACGUGAGACUUGCCCGUAAAGACAGACGCUUUCCCUACACUGUCCCUACAGAUGCAGUUGUCUGUUUAAACUGAUGUGAUUGAAGGGGUGUAUGUGGGGUGUCAUCUUCGAGGUCUGUGAUGUCUUGAUGUUGGAAAGUAGGGGUAACGUCAUCUAUAGUCUUCCCUACUGCUUUCUGUAAGUACUUCUGUAUGCAAGGGAGCACACAACAGGUUAAGAAUAAGAAGAUGAUAAUCAUUAUAGGAACAGCUGUUCCUACCUGGAAGAGGGUCCUUUGCCAACCAUUCAUCCACCCAAACCAUCUGUCCCAAGUGUCAGUGACUCCUGAAUUCUUCUUUAGCUCGUCAGAAAGACUAACUUCUCUAUGGCCAUAGUCACCUUACCAUGUCACCACAUAACCAAUAGAUAUCACCGAUUGUCUUUGUAUGAUUCAUUAACAGUGAUACAGGUGGACUAUGGUAAGUCGAGCAGUAUCCUGAUGGGAAUUUGCCCAGAUAUACACCAGUGUUCUUAGGUAUUAAAUAGCAUGUGUAAUUACCUGGAUAAACUGUGACUCCAUCAGGUGGCUUGACAUGUCCAUGAGUGAUUGGGUAAACUCUCUUCUAUGAUUCACAUGUUGAGGAAUUUGUGGUAGACUGUGCAUAGAGGCUUAAGACACAUAGUUCUAUUUCAGGAGGUAAACUUAGGGGUACCGUACCCAGAUGGGGCCUGGCUCCUCCACAUACAUAGCAGUUAGUCUUAUUAUGUGAGUUGGCAUUAUACCUCAUCCAUUCUAGCCACAAAUUAGUGUCUGAAAACCCAGUCUCCACUGCCAUAGUGUCUUCAAAGGUGGGGUUGACUAUAGCUACCAUGUCAUGUAGGGUCUUAAUAUGUGGUUUCAACGGGUUAAUGAUCAUGUGUGUGGUCCCUACCCAGUCUGGUGAGGUGAGCAUGUCUUGUAGGUAAAAUGUCCCCAGUGUGUUAUGUGAGCCACCUCCCUUCCAGUACAUUCCCAUUACAUAUUCCCCUGCAUCCUUUGGGCUGGGGUGCUCUAUGUUCAAGGUAAGUUAAAUGGGAGUUGACCCUAUGGGUUUACUCAGGGUCAUUCUAGAAAGUAGGGGUUUCCCGUCUUUGUCAAGUCUGUCCAGUGCAAUCUGGGGUCUGUAGCCCCAUGGUCUACCUGUGUUCCACCCGGCAGCUUUCCAUUAACUACAAUGGUGUCCCCAAACUCCUCCAGUCACACAAAUGUAUGGAUCCUUUUUGUUAGGUAUGUCUUUGUAUAUGGCUGCAUAUUGUGUUUGUGGAAAUGUGCAAGCGACUAUGUCACAGUAAUCAAAGGUGUACGUAGCUACAUCUGUGUUAGAAGAAUUGUACCAGAAAGUGUAAACAUGAUUAUCUUUAGUUAUGGCCACUUGUUGGGCCCAGGCAAAGUGUAGCAGCAUAAGAAAACACAAGACACAUAAUAAAUUCAUAUUUCAGCAGGAUUAGCCUCUUCUGGAGCAGGCACUUUUUUGCAAUGUGAGGCGUGUAUCCAAGAACUCUUCCCGGCUAGUUUAACUGACGUUGCUGUAAUCAGGAGCACUUGAUAAGGACCAUCAAAUCUUGGUUCUAGGGUGUUUUUCCUGAGAAACUUCUUGACCAUAACCCAGGAAGCAGCUUGUGUGUACCUGUAUUCGACUCAGGAUCUGGAAUAGAAGAAAACACUUGGGCAUGUAUUUUGGUCAAGGCAUGUGAGAGGGAAGUCACAUAGUCUACCAUAGCAUCUGACUGAAUCUGAAGCUGUUGGGGAAAGUAACAACCUAACCUGGGUGCUGUACCAAACAAAAUCUCAUAAGGUGAUAGGCUAUAUUUUCCCCUAGGAGUGUACCUUACACUAAACAACGCUAGUGGGAGACUCUCGGGCCAGGGCAUGUUAGUUUCUUGUGACAUUUUAAGCAUUCUGGCUUUCAAAGUGCCAUUCAUGCGCUCUACCUUACCACUACUCUGUGGGUGAUAUGGUGUGUGACCAGUGCUGACCAGACUUCCCGUGUUAACGAGGCAGUAAAGGAGGUCCCUUGGUCACUUUCAAUCACUUCUGGAACUCCAUAUCGGCAAACAAUUUCCAUCAAAAGGUACUUGGCUGUAGUUCUCGCGGUGAGAUUAGUCACUGGGAAGGCCUCUGGCCAUCCUGAAAACAUGUCCACUAUGACCAGUGCAUAUUCAUAACGUCCACUCUUUGGCAUUUGUAUAUGGUCAAUCUGGAUCCUCUGAAAGGGGUAUUGUGGCUUGGCUAGGUGAUUAGGUGCAGUCUUUAUAAUCUUUCCAGGAUUGCAUUUAGCACAUAUAGUACAUGAUUUACAGUAAUUCUGUGUUAAGGUAGUGAUACCUGGUGCUUCAAAAUACUUGUCAAUCAGUGAGUUCAUCAGAUGUUUCGACAGGUGGGCUGGCCCAUGGGCCCAUUGAACCACCGCUGAGUACAUAUUUCUGGGUAAGCAAAACUUGAGAUUGAUGGUGUAAACAUCAUCACGGAGUACAGCUCCUUUGUUCUUCCAACUUUGUUUCUCCUGGGGAGUAGCAGCAGCUUGUUGUUCCUUCAGAAGCCUAAGAUCUGUAGGCAAUGUUUGCAUAGUAUAGAUGGGUACUGUAUCUGUGGCCACUCUUCUGUCCACUUCCCAUCCUUGCCGUGCUGCUUCCUUAGCUGCCUGAUCAGCUAAGUGGUUGCCCCGUGCUUCUUCUGUGUCUAGUCUUCCGUGGGCUUUUACUUUUAAUACUGCCACCUCUGCUGGAAGUUCUAAAGCAUCCAUCAGUUCUGCAAUGGCUGCCCCAUUUUUUACUGGGGUACUGGGAGCCGUAAGAAAUCCUCUGGUUUUCCAAAUUAGACCAAAGUCAUGUGCUACUCCCAGGGCAUAUCUUGAAUCUGUGUAGAUAUUGACACGUAGACCUUCAGACAAUUUGCAGGCCACAGUCAGGGCUGUUAGCUCGGCUUCUUGAGCAGACUUAGUUGGUUGUAGGGCAGCUGCUUGUAAUACUUGACAUCCUGUGGUGACUGCAUACCCAGUGUGAUAUUGUCCCUGUUCAUCAGCAAAUCUUGACCCAUCCACAAAUAGUGUUUGGUCCGGGUUGAGUAAUGCAGCUUCAUAGACAGUUGGUAGGUGUGUAGUUUCCAUUUUCAUUUGUUCAAAACAAUCAUGAGGAAUAUCUAGGUCACAGUCUAUGAUGAGUGGGUCUUCCGGGCUUCUGUGUGGUACCUUGGGUACCCUGCUGUACAGUAAUUAAUAGUCUUUUUGUUGAUCCCCGUAGAAGUCAGUUGUUCUUGGUUCAUUUGACUCCAGGUCUUGGCCAUCGGGCCUAGGUCUUUCCAUGAGGUGUCAGGGGAUCUGGUGAGAGAUGUGUGGGAUAGCUGUUUCCCAAUGAUGAUAGAGAUGUGUCACAUUCUCUGGAAGAUGGACUAAGAUGAGCAUGGUACCUGUGGGGUCCCAGAAUAAGUCAGUCAGGGUAAUUUGAAUUUCCUUGAGCUGGAAUAAUUCUUCCUCAUAGUUCAUAUCAGGGCCUGGUAUGUCCUUAAACCAUAAGGUGCAGUGAAGUAGGGCCUCUGAUUGUUCAUCAUGUGGGGGUGCAAGUGCUGGCAACUGCAAAUCUGCUCGAACCUCUGGGUUGAUGUCCAGGCUGUACCAGUAAUGCACAACUCCCCCCUUGGGAAGUGGCAGAAGAGUGGCUGGGUUCAGGGAAAGACAACGCUGAAGUUUCACAUUGUCAGGUAAAAGUAAGGAUGUUUGUAGACGGAGGUGACGUUGAGAAGAAAGGUGCUUAGGUUGAACUUGUUGCAGGAUUGCAGUAAUGUCAU